AUGACUCGCCACAAACGCACGCCCACCACCACCAGCACCAAAGGCGCCGCCGCCGCCAUCCUCGACAGCAGCCCGCUCGCCGCCGUCCUGCCCUCGGACCUCCCACCCUGGUACCGGCGGCGCAACCUGCUGCGGCUGAACUUCUGCCUACUCUCCCUCAUCCUGUUCUCGUCGGCGAACGGCUACGACGGGUCGCUGAUGAACGGGCUGCAGGCGUUGCCGCAGUGGAACGCCUUCAUGCGGCACCCGACGGGCGCGUGGCUGGGCUUCGUCAACGCCGCGUCGUCCCUCGGGUCCAUCGUCCAGUACCCCGUCGCGGCGUGGGUGGGCAAUCGGUUCGGGCGCAAGGCGGGGGUGUGGGUGGGGUAUGGGUUUUUGGUGUUGGGGGUGGGGUUGCAGAGUGGGGCGAUGGCGGGUGGUGAGGGGGAUGGUAGUGAUGGUGGUGAUAGGGGAGUGGCGAUGUUUGUGCUGGGGAGGUUUUUUGUCGGGUGUGUGAGUGCGUGGUUUAUGGUUACGACGCCGCUGUUGAUUGCUGAGACGGCGUUUCCGACGCAUCGGGGCGUGUUGACGUCGAUGUUUAACUGCGGGUGGUACGUUGGCUCCAUGCUCGCAGCCUGGGUUACUUUUGGCACGCAAACCAUCCCCAACUCCUGGUCCUGGCGCAUCCCGUCCCUCCUGCAAGCCGCGCUGCCACUGCUCGCGCUGCCAGGCUACCUGCUCUGCCCCGAGUCGCCGCGAUGGCUGGUCUCGCAAGGCCGCACCGCCGAAGCGCGCGCCUUCUUCCUCUACUACCACGGCGACGGCACCGACUCUUCCUCCUCUUCCUCCCCACCCUCAACCUCGUCCACCACCCCUUCUCCCCCCUCCCCCUCCCCCUCCACCUCCCUCGCCGACUUCGAGCUCGCCGAAGUCCAACGCGCCCUCACCCUCGAGCAAUCCUCCACCAAAACCUCCAACAACAGCUACGCCGCCAUGCUCCGCACGCCCGGCAACCGGCACCGGCUCCUCAUCUCGCUCACGCUCGGCGUCUCCGCGCAAUGGAACGGCAGCGGCAUCGUCUCGUACUACCUGCCGGCCGUCCUCUCCACCGCCGGCAUCCACUCCGUGCGCACGCAAACCCUCAUCAACGGCUGCAUCCAAGCCUGGAACCUUCUCUGCGCGACCUUCUCCGCCGUGUAUCUAGUCGACCGGCUCGGGCGGCGGCCGCUGUUCCUGCUGUCGUGCGGCGGGAUGCUGGCGUGCUAUGUCGCCAUCUCCGCGCUGGCCGGGGUGUAUGAUGGCGGGAAAGGCGCCGCGGGGGUGGGCGUCGCGGUUAUUCCGAUGCUGUUUUUGUACUAUGCGGCGUACGACGCGGCGUUUACGCCGCUGCUGGUGGCGUAUCCGUGUGAGAUUUGGCCGUAUGCGCUCAGGGCGAGGGGCGUGACGGUGACGAUUGCGACGACGAAUGUGGCGAUUCUGUUUAAUACGCUGGUGAACCCGAUUGCGUUGGAGGGGAUUGGGUGGCGGUAUUAUAUCGUGUAUGUGGUGUUGUUGGUGGUGAUUGGCGCGACGUGUUAUUUCUUUUAUCCGGAGACGAGGGGGUGUUCGUUGGAGGAGGUGGCGCGCGUGUUUGAUGGCGAGAAGGCGGAUGUGUCGGUCGGGUUGGGGAGAGGAGGAGGAGGAGGGGAGGGCGGCGGGUUGUGGCAGGCUGAGUCUGCGGCUUCUUCGACGCCGUCGUCAUCGUCGGCGGGGGAGAAGGGGGUCGAGGUUGUGCUUGUGGAUCAGGCGGGGUUGACGCAUCGCCGGACGCAUAGCGUUUGA